CGGGCGUGCCAAGCUUGACGCAACGACCGCCUCACAAGCAUGUGACUUGCUCAUUUCCAAACGUUCCUUGACAUCCUAACAGUGCACUAUGGACUUGUCCCACGAAGCUAUGCUCAUGUAUGUGCGAUCGAUCAAGGCCUCGCCACCAGUGGCCGAUGCCGCAAUCGACCCCAAGAAGGGCAGGGUCAAGAAGUUUUUCAAGUCGCUGUCAUUUCGCAAGCCAAAGAACGCUGAAGACGACGACGACACGCGGUGGUCCGAUGUCUUUCGGUCGGAUGGCCGCAAGCGCGGCGACUCGUUCUUCCGGCGGCUGUCCUUCCUGCAGCCCCGCGACUCGGAGUCGCUGUCGACGUUUGAUCGACCGAGCUUUCUCGAUCACAUGGUGCGCGAAAAGGUAUCAGUGUCGCCAACUAGCACGGACGCUACCAGUAGCAGCAGCGAAACUUUGUCCGACUUAAGUCCCGCCCAUGCCGCUCGAAGGUCGCCCCCACUCCGUCGGAAUUCGGCGGCUGCGGCGGUCGAUUCCAACGCUCAACACACCAUGACCGUUCGCCGCAUUGGAAUUCCUGCGCAUCCUUCCCAGCUGCAAGUGCAACCUCGGCGACAUUCCGACCUCGCCUCGUACCAUGUGCCGACAUCACGACAAGCGGACAACCAGCUCGUAGCCGUUCAAGAAGAAGCCGAGUCCGCUUCGUCUAUGGACGAUGCCAAGGACGCGGCGCUGCUGGGAGAUGUGACAGUCAUCGCGGCUGAAGGCAGCACUCUCAUGGAAAUCGAAGACGUCAACGUCGUUGAGGAUAGCCAAGACAUCAUGGACAAACCUACGAUGGUGGAAGCCUUGAAUACCCUUGAGAUGACCAUCGAGGAUGUCGAUGUGAAGGACAACACUCAAGAAGAGACCAUGGCCACCACUCGUGAGGCUGCUGCUGUCGUCGGUCACGAGGCGGUAGCGAUGCCUUUGGCUGUGGUCCGGUUACCCGUGAUCAAGGUCAUUCGACCGCAACCGGCCCCAACACUGCUUUCAUACCAAGUUGACGACCACAACUCGGCUUGGUUUGACGAAACGUUUGCCAUGAUGCGAGCCACAAACUUUUAACGUUGUGGUAAUUCUACUAUUGUAUUUAUUCG